AUGGUGAAGCUCUUCUGUGCGAUCGUUGGUGCGGCGGGCAGUGCGUUUCCUGUGGACAUUGACGCGGGUCAGUCGGUGGGAGACUUGAAGGACGCGAUCAAGGCGAAGAAGAUGUACCAGUUCCCUGCUGACGAGCUGCAGCUCUUCCUGGCGAAGAAAGACGAGGGCCGCGGCGCGUGGCUGCCAGACGACGACCAAGCUGCGCUGGAUCUGGAGGACGGAAAGAUUCAUGAGGACAUUCAAGCGUUGAUCGAUGGAGAGAAGAUGAAGGCGACGAAGACUUUGCAGCACUGGUUGUUCGAGAAGAACGAGAUGCCUCCACCCUCUACCGGUCAGAUCCACGUGCUGGUGGUGGUUCCGGAGCAAGAACACGCACAAACUGGAUUGUGGCUUGUCACUGGAUCCGUUGAAAACGCGUUGAUCACGAAAGGAAUUCGCUGCAAACUGUACUGGAUGGCGACGUUACGCAUUGGAUACUACGAUCCUACGCGCUGCAUCGGCAACAAGAAUGUCGCGUUUUGCGCGUCUUCUACUGCGACUACGUUCCAGACGAUUCGGAAUCUCCUCAAAACAGUUUCAUCGAUAUCGUUGACUACAAGCGUUUCGAAUCUGGACUCAUCGACUGACGAGUUUCGUUUUCAGCGGAUUGAGCACGAGAAGUUCUUCCUACCGUACGGCAAGGCAGAAAGCUGCCAUUUGGUGUCGAGAAAGCAAAGCAGAGACCACAAACGGGAAUUCGCCAAGUACGAUCGCGACUCAAACAACAGGCUUGCGCUUUCUCGCGAUAUGCAUGGUUGGUUCGACGGUAUGAGCAUUGAGGUUCCCAUCGUCAACAUGCUACCCGGAUCUGUUGAAGAGAAUCAAUCCAUUGGCAACAGACGCAAGGUCGAGGUCUUCGUGAAGGUUCUGGAUGCUCAGUGCACAGAUCGCGUUUUCAGUCGUUUGAAAGCAGGAUCAACCACGACGAACGAUCCGCUCAUGAUGACGUUUGUUCACGAAGACAGUAAGUACCGCUUCUACCAAGGCAAACACAUGGAGUCGCACCUAUAUGAGGGAAUCCAGCCUGCUGACUUCUACGACAAGCUUGAGAACGUGCUUGCAACCCAGAAGUCUGCCUUCAAGGUCAACAUCGCUCUUGGAUACAAGCUUGUCAGCAGAACCGAUGACAGCGAGACUCGCUACUUCCACCCGAAUAUUAGCAACACAUCUGUAUUUAGCACUCCUGUGGCUAUCAACAGCAAGGCUGAUAUUCGUAAGAAGGUGAUCUCGGAGAUUCGCUCCAUGGAGUUGGCUGACAAGCUCAACUACCCCAGAUCCGGGUACAUGGUGAAGGGUAUUACUGGCUUCAAAAUCUAUAUCUACCAGCGCGACCAUGCGCUGGGCGAUAGUGAGGCUGUCAUUCCUAAGGUGAUCCGCGAUAACAAGCACGUCAUCAACUUCCCCAAGACGAAUAACAAGUGUGUCUUCCACUGCAUUGCUUAUCACAAGCAGGAGGGGGCGAAGAAGGAUCCACGCAGAAUCCAGGCUCUGGUGAAACAAGCCUUCAAGCAGUACUGUUCGUACAAGGAGAUCACCUACACUCUGGGUCUGUUCCGCAAUCUCAAACCUAUCGAUAUUCUCCAAUUCGAUGAGCUUGAGGAGUGCUUCAAGCUGAACAUCAACGUCUUCACCAUGGAUGUUGAGACGGGCAAGGUUGAAUGCAUUCGCCACUCGGACAAGGACUAUGAUUCGAUCAACAUCCUGUCGCACGAGAAUCACGCUCUCUACAUCACGAACAUUGAUAUGCUCCAGCAGAAGUACCAAUGCUCUAAGUGUGAGAUGGUGUUUGUCAGCUCUGAUAAGCUACGCAACCACACCAAGAACCUGUGUGAACUCGUGAACAUCGAAUCGUUCCCAGCUCAGCCAACCAUCUACCAACCCGCUCCGAAUAGCAUUCGUUCCAUACUGACUAAGUACUCCAUCGAGGAUGCUGACCAUUACAUCGAUCACCUCAUUGUAUAUGAUUUUGAGGCUAUCCUCAAGCCUACGGGUGUCAAACACGGAGAGAAUACUAUCUUCACAAACGAACACAUCCCUGUGUCUGUUUCCGUAGCCAACAGCUUGACUGAGGAGGUGCGAUGCUUUGUCAGCGAUGAUCCAAAGGAGUUGCUCAAGGAUAUGUUCCAGUACAUCGAGGAAGUUGCGGCUAAGAUUCAGCGGUACAACGUCUCGAAGUAUGAGACUUUGCUACACAAGAUCAUCAACGUCCAUGGUUUGACUGACGCUGAGGUUCCUGGCCUAGACUUGGGUAAGACGUACAAGAUGGAAGAUGUCAAAGCUUGGAUUCAGAACGGAGAUUUUGCUAGUUUCUUCGAUCUCCACAGCAAGCUCACAUUCGGUAAGAAGCGCUCUGACUAUGGAAACCUGAAGCAGUGCAUUGAUCAGGUACCAGUACUCGGAUUCAACUCUGGACGAUACGACAUCAAUCUUAUCAAGGCGGACCUGUUUGCAGUCAUCGGUACUGACAACAUCACAUCAGUCAUCAAGAACCCUGGCUAUAUGUGCAUCGCCACAUCAGACAUGAAAAUGCUUGACAUUAGCAACUAUGUUCCGGCAGGCACCAGCUAUGCAAAGUACUUGUCGACAUAUCUCGGUGAGUGCAAGUGUGAUGACAAGAUUCGAUGCGUCUGUGGCCUAGGAAAAGGCAUCUUCCCGUACGAGUACAUUACUUCAUUUGACGUACUCAGUCAGCCGGAAGUCCCUCCUAAGUCGGCGUUCGACAGUGCUCUUUGUAGCACUAGCAUCAGCGAUGAGGACUAUGUGCGAGUACAGUACGUCUGGGAACACUAUGGCAUGAAGUCAAUCAAGGAUCUACUCAUUUGGUACAACAACCUCGAUGUAGUACCCUUCAUCAAGGCCAUCAAAGCCCAGCGAGAACUAUUCAAACGUUUCGAACUUGAUAUGUUCACUGAUGGUGUGUCGCUACCUGGUCUCUCUGAGAAAGUCAUGUAUCAGACGUGCUUCAACAACCUCCAGCAACCAAGUAAGGAGCCUGCUGAAGCGUUUGACUUUCCCUCUAGUCGCUUAAGUGGAUAUAAGACCCAGGAUGCUGAUGCCGAUCGUGAAUUCAAUAUGACGCUAGAACACCUCAACGACUUGCUAGAGCGACAAAACUGUGUGGGAUGCAACGUUGCUCGCAAGAACAUGUCGCUAAAGGGCCUCCGCCACAAGAAGCUACUUGAAUUCAACUCAGACAGGUUGGUGUACAGUAUCGAUAGAGAGGAGAAGGACAUCUACACCAAGAUGAAGGCGAACAUUGCUGGUGGUCCUUCUAUCAUCUUCAACAGAUACGCGAAACGCAACGAGACCAAGAUUCGAGGGGGUAGGAUCUGCAAAAAGAUCAUCGGCUACGAUGCUAAUGCUCUGUAUUUGUGGGCUCUUGGUAAUGAGAUGCCAUGUGGACGGUUGACUACCAUCGAAGCAUACACAGGGAUCGUCGAUGAUAUUGUAUAUGACAAGAUCUUUGGCUUCCUCGAGUGUGAUAUCCGUACACCAGAGCACCUCAAACCCUACUUCAGUGAAAUGACCCCAAUUUUCAAGAACACCCUUAUCGACUGCAGCGAUCAGAGUGUCAUCGGUCAGCACAUGUUCGAGUACAACGAGGAGCGCAAGCAAAGCCGAGCAAAGCCGGCUCGCAAGCUCAUCGGGAGCUACUUUGGUGAGAAGAUCCUCAUUUAUGCACCGCUACUCAAAUGGUACAUUUCUCAUGGUAUGGAGAUCACCAAGACUUACAGCUUCAUCAAGGCUAGCUCUCACAAGGCAUUUGCACCAUUCAUGGAAGCCGUAUCGAGCGCGCGACGAGAGGGUGAUGAAAAUGUUAAAUCCAUCUGUAAGAUCAUUAUUGAGAAGAUGAUGAAACUGGUUGGUAAUAGUGCGUUUGGUCGAUCUGGCAUGGACAUGAGCAAGCACAAGGAGGUCAGGUAUGAGUCGGACGAUAAGGCAAUCAAGGCCAAGAUUGAGCACUUCACCUUCCAUGGAAUGGAAGAGCUGAAUGAUUCAUGUGAAUUCACUAUGAAGAAGCGAAAGCUCAUUAAUAAGAACCCAAUUCAUCUAUCGAUUGCAAUCUAUCAGCUCGCUAAGCUCCGUAUGUUGCAAUUCUACUAUGAUUGCAUUGACUUCUACUUCGACCGUUCGGAAUUCCAGUACCAAGAAAUGGACACAGACUCAGCUUAUAUUGCGUUCAGCUGUGAGAAGCCAUUCGUUGAGUGUAUCAAGCCCGAGCUUCGUGAGCAUUUUCAGCAGCAUAAGUACGAGUGGUUCCCACGUGAUUAUAGCGAAGAGAUGGCUCAGUUUGAUCGCCGAACGCCAGGUUUGUUCAAGGAUGAGUGGUCUGGUGAUGCUAUGGUAUCAUUGUCCUCUAAGAACUACAUUUGCUACCUACCAGACGAAUCUUACAAGGUCAAGGUUUCAGCGAAGGGAGUCCAGCAGAGUGGUGGCCGCAAUGGUGACGUCCUCAACCCAGAUGGCUUUGAAUCAGUUGUUCGCGAUCGCAUCACCCUACAGGGCACCAACAAGGGGUUAGACUCAAAGGCUAAAGAACUGGAGCCGAAGAUUACGAUGAAAAUCGUCAAGGAACGGUACUCAAACCAGAGCGAUAUUCAGCGAUUUCAGGAGCAGAAGAAGCGAUAG